CAGAGUUGGAAGUGAGGAGGCCUGAAGGUCGCGGUCGGAGGAGCUGCGUCUGCCUGGGAGCCCGAUGGGGAGCAGCGGUCGGUCGCUUUGGAGUCUGAGGGGCUGCGCUUGCUGCCGGCACCGGCACCGGUGCUCCCUCUCUGGGCUACACAUUCACAGUCACUCCUAAUGGACAACCGUGGUGUGACAUUCAAGGCCAGGUCAAUGGGAACACAUUUCUUCAUUAUACCUGUGGUGGCCACAAGGUCACACUCAUCAGUGUUCUGGAGAUGAAUGCCACGCAGGCCUGGAGUGACCAGAGAGACGCUCUGCAGUACGUGGUGGAGGAGCUCAAGAAGACCCUGCUGGACAUUAGAGCAGAGAUUCCUGCAACCAGCGGUCCUCUCUCCCUGCAGGGCAGCAUGAUGUGUGAGCAGGAAUCCAAUGGACGCACCGCUGCAUCCUGUGAGUUUGGACUGGAUGGACAGAUAUCUCUCCGCUUUGACACAAAGAAUGGACACUGGACAGUGCUGCACAGUGAAGGCAUUCUGUUAAAGCAAACAUUGGCGAGUGACAGAGCUAUGACCGAUCUCCUUGUUAGGACCUCAGCUGGAGACUGUAGGAAGUGGCUUCAACAAGUUCUGUGUCCCCUGAGCACACAAGCUGCACCAACCACUGCCAUAGCCACAGUCCCGCCCAAGGCCGCAACCAACAUGCCCAUCCCUUCGGUCCUCCCUGUGAUCCUCACCUGUGCAAUCGUAGUUGGCAUCUUAGGCUGGGCCUUUAAGUAACAGGAACUGAGGGCAUAAUUACAGGUACCAUGACAGGUACUGAUCGAUGGCACACGCACUUCCUGAGCAGCACUUCAAAACGUAUGAAGUAAAAAUUGGGUCUAGGAAUGGUUUACCUCAAAACAAGGAAAGUUCUAUUGGGACAGUAUCCAGCUAUUACUUGAAAGAUGGGGGAAAUGGCCCUGACCGGUUUGGCUCAGUAGAUAGAGUGUCAUCCUGUGGACUCAAGGGUCCCAGGUUUGAUUCCGGUCAAGGGCAUGUACCUUGGUUGCAGGCACAUCCCCAGUAGGGAGUCUGCCGGAGGCAACUGAUUGGUGUUUCUGUCUCAUGGAUUUUCCUAACUCUCUAUCCCUCUCCCUUCCUCUUUGUAAAAAAUCAAUAAAAUAUAU